AGCCCGCUCCAUCCCGCCCGCAGCGCUGGCUCGGCUCCGCUCGCCGGGGCCAGGGCGUUCCGGGAGGGCUGCGCCUUUCGGCCGGGACGAAGCUGCGCUCCGGGAUCUGGCCGGGCGGACGUGCCCGGUGCGGUAGAAUUGCAUAUUCCCCUGAAAAGAUCACAAAUUUGAACUCAAACCCUGCCCACCUAGGGUAUUGAGAAUUAGCAAGAAACAAGGACCCUUAGGUCAGCUUCGGAGGGAGUUGCUGCUGGUUACAAGGACAGUUUCAGACAUACACAAAACCAGAUAUACCUUUGUGGUCUCAGUGGUGGUGUAAGCCAUGAAGUUGUGUUACAGAUGUGGAGUGUGUUCAGUUUUGCUUUCAUUUUGAAAGUGGCAUAUUGAGCCCGUUUAUCAGCAUAGAGAAAUUUAGGUUGGAAGGGACCCCUGGUGGUCAUCUGGUCCAACCUCCUACUCAAAGCAUGUUCGACUAGAUCAGGUCUGUAUUUGCUGAGGUGCAAAAUGUCUGCCCUGAGGCUGAUCUCUAACAGAACCUCCCAGCAGGCCUUGUCUAACUCUGAUUACACCUGGGACUACGAAUACUAUGAGUAUGGACCAGUGUCAUUUGAAGGCCUGAAGGCUCAUAAGUAUUCCAUUGUGAUUGGAUUUUGGGUUGGUCUUGCAGUUUUUGUCAUCUUCAUGUUUUUUGUCCUGACCCUGCUGACGAAGACAGGAGCACCACAUCAAGACAAUGCAGAACUUUCUGAAAAAAGAUUUCACAUGAACAGCUUUGUGGCAGAAUUUGGAAGACCUUUGGAGUCUGAGAGGGUCUUUUCUCACCAAAUGGCUGAAGAAUCCCAGUCACUUUUCCAUUUCUGCAUUAAUGAAGUGGACCAUAUGAACAAAGAAAAAGAGAGCCAGAAAGGUCCAAGUCUGGAGAGUAAUACCCACUUCCAGGAGGGCCCCAAGAGCAGUGGAAUGUUUGAGGAAGACCUACAUUGUCUUACAAAAUUUAACAUUCCUAACUUUGUGAACACUGAGCAGAACUCUUCAUUAGGUGAGGAUGAUCUCCUCAUCUCAGAGCCACCAAUCAUUUUAUAAAGCAAACUGGUUAUGCAAUCUUAACAUUGGAUCCUUGAUUGAAAAAUCCUUUACUCUAAGGUAAACAUCCCCAUUAUUGUCCAGUUUGAAGCCUUUCUUGGCUUCCUGCUCCUUUGACAGAAAGCAUUUCAGACCUGUGCUUUUUAUUGUAUGUAAGACUGGCUAUACUGGUAGAACUCAGUUUAGACAAGAAGUAAGACUCUGAAUGCUUU